AUAUAAAAGAAAUAAAAAAAAUGUCAUGUUUUUCAUAGGGAUUGAGAAAUUGAGAUUUCCUGGACUCUUUCUCUCUCGGCCAUACAACUCCGGUCCGGCGUUGAUCUUCCCGACGUUCCGUCAUCUGAAGCAGAGAGUUCGAAAUCAGAGCAUCCAUGUCGCGAGAGAGGGCCAAGAAAGGUGUAUUACCUCCAGCACAGGAGUAUAUUGACAAAUUUGAGAAGAUGGUUAGAGAAGGUGAUUUCUAUGGAGCUCAGCAAAUGUAUAAGUCUAUUAGCGCAAGGUAUGCAUCAGCUGAUAGGGAUGCUGAAGCCUUGGAUGUUCUUCAUUCAGGAGCUUGCGUUCAGUUGGAACAUGAACAGGUUACUUGUGGAGCCGAGCUUGCAAAUUUGUUUACAGAGGCUCUUGUCAAAGGGAAAUAUCAAUAUGAUGAAACUACUCUGGAACGUCUCCGUACAAUUGUCAAGAAGUUUCCCCGGAUUCCUGUCCCACAAAACUUGGACAUGCCUGAUGAUGAUGACAUGCAGAAACUUUCUGAAGCUCUAGGAGCUGCAAAAACGCGAGUGGAAGUUGCCUCAUCAUUUCUAAAGGCUGCUAUUAAGUGGUCUGCAGAAUUUGGAGCUCAAAAGAAUGGAUCCCCUGAACUACAUGAUAUGCUAGCAGAAUACAUAUAUUCUGAAUCCCCUGAGGUGGACAUGAAUCGUGUAUCAUAUCAUUUUGUUCGUGGAAAAAGCCCUCAAGAGUUUGCAUCAACACUAGUUAAUUUUACUGAGAAGUGUUAUCCAGGUGAAGAUGAUUUAGCUAUUGCUCGAGCUGUUUUAAUGUAUUUAUCUCUUGGCAACUUGAGAGAUGCUAACUAUGUUAUGGAUGAGAUUGAAAAGCAAGUGAAGGACAAGGAACAAGACUUUAAUGACUCCGAACUAUUGCAUUUUGUCAAAUAUCUAUUGCUAACGUUAGAGAGGGAUGCUUUACCUCUGUUUAAUAUGCUGAGACAGAACUACAAGGCUCAAUUCGAUAGAGAACCUACAUUCUAUGAGUUGCUAGAUGAAAUUGCCACCAAGUUCUUUGGAGUUCAACGCAAAAACUCGCUGCAGGGCAUGUUUGGUGAUAUAUUCAAGAUGAUGGGUGGUGGAGAAGGGAUGUGAUGCAAUGAAAACUGAUGACGGUGUUUGUUUUCUGACUUUGAUAUAUUUAACAUUUCCCGUUUGUGCUUGUUUUGAAAUGUUCUUUGCUAGAUCAAAUUUUGAUUUCAGAAUGUGACAUAAUUUGAAAGUUACUAUUUAUUUAUAUUAUUUAUUUUGAUUUAGUAUU